UACUGAAAGGUAAAGAUGCGAAUUCACACUGCGACUUGUUCAUCAGUGAGCGGAUACUUCAGCAGGCAGGCUGCCCCCACAGCCUGUCUGAACUGCUUCAUAUGACAUGAGCGUUUUCAUUUCUUCAGCUUAUGACUAUGUCUGCAGGCCUCAACGCAGCAUGAUAACAUCUGUUCACACUCCAGGAUCUCCACUAGGCAGACAGUGAGGACCAGUCGCCACUAUGCGAUGUGUGUAAGGGACCAGUGGCAGUGUUGUGGCCCCAGGCGGGAUGCUGCUGACGGCCGGUCAGUAUGACUUUGCUGGACUUGUGGCUGUCGCGCUCCAUCCCCAUGUGCCUGCUCCUUCAGAGCCUUGUCCUCAUGGCCCUGUGCUUCCCCUCGGCCAGCAUGUGUCCAAAGGGCUGCGUCUGCCAACGCGACCCCCACCUCCACGGCUUCAACGUGACCUGCAGUCAGUCCCGCCUCAAAGAGAUCCCCCCGAGCCUCCCGGUCGACACCGUCCUGCUGAGGCUGGACCACAACCAGAUAGGCGCCGUGCCGGAUCAAGCCUUCCACGGACUCAGGCUCCUGAGGGAGCUCAACCUUUCAUACAACGCGGUGGAGACCUUAGGGGAAGGUGCCUUCAGCGGCAUCGAGGCGACGUUACAGGUGCUGGACCUCUCCCACAACCGCAUCACUAGCGUACACAAGGAUGCCUUUGCUCGGCUUAAGGCCCGCGUCAUUGUGGACGAUAACCCCUGGCAUUGCGACUGCGCCCUCCAGCAGGCCAUCGGCGGGAUGGCCCACAACCACGAGGCCGUCGCCCGGGUCCUCUGCAGGAGCUCGGAGCACCGUGACCAGGAGGGUCGACCUUUCUUGGCGGUGGAUACUGACCUCUGUAACCUGGCCAAAAGGACCACAGACUACGCUAUGCUGGUGACCAUGUUCGGCUGGUUUGCCAUGGUCAUUUCUUAUGUAGUGUAUUAUGUCCGUCAGAACCAGGAGGACGCCCGACGCCACCUGGAGUACCUCAAGUCUCUCCCCAGCAAGCCCAAGAAACCCGACGAGGCUGACGACAUAAGCACUGUUGUCUGACAGCUGUUUCAAAGUGACACGAACCUAAUGAACACCAAAAUGUUUAUUGUAACAGGACCCACAUUUGUAGUGUUUACUAUUUCAAACUUUUAGGUGAUGUGAGCGUCAAAUCUGCUGAGAAAUCUUUGUAUUUUAGGGAUUCUGUCGUAUGUUCUUACCAGGGUUUGUUGAUGUCUGAUCUGAGAUGAGAUGAGAAGGAAGGCCAGAGAGUCUAAUAGUCUAACACCAACAUUGUCUUUUCUACAAAAAUUGCAUAUGGAGCUUUGAAAUUUUUAAUCUCAGGUGCAAACAUUGACAUGAUAAUGGCUUUUUAUAGAUGAAAAUUUGGAAUAUCUGAUAAAAAGAAAUAUAUUUGUAAGACUUGACACCCUAAACUUCAUUUCCCGGAGCUCUCGUCUUGGUAUCUCAAAGCACCACGUUAAAAUGUACUCUGAGUUUUGCAAACACAACUGCUUCUUUCAUUCCCCUUCAAAUUAAAUGUGAACUUAAAUAUUUAUAUUGACAGCAUUUCUGAGGCCAUUGCCUGCUUAUGGAGACUAUUUGAUCUAUACAUUGUGUUAUAUUUUAGACCAGUAAGGCCUUGGAUAUGGGGUAUUCAGAUAUAAAGUAGUCUUAUCUCCCUGCUUGCCUUGAGCUUUUUAUUCAGACAAUUCAAAAUGAAAAAACUAUUUUAAUAGAGACAGGUAAGCACUUACUGAAGCAUUUAGAAAACCAUGUCGCAGAUACAGAGAAUACUGGAUGCUAUGGAAGCCCAUUUCUGUAACAAAGGAAAGGAAAGGUUAGGAAUGAUUAAAAAUAUAAAUACUUACUCAACAUUAUCAAAUACUUUGUAGAAAUUUGGACUUUCUAAAUGCAAAUUCUGUGACAUGUUGUCUUGAAGGGAAACGUUUAAACCGUCUUCGUAUCGUUGCAAUGUGGGUGGAGUGUGCAAAUGAACAAUGUUCGGCUUUUGCGUCGGCCUGUUGAAGAUCUAACAAAAUGUCCCUUUCCCACUCAAAAUGAUCAUGUAUUAAAUGACUUCAACACCUUUACGUUUUAAGUGAAAAUUAAGAGAUAGUGAUUCAAAAUUAUAGCUAGCUUUAGCUAGCUUGUCAACGUUACCUGCUACGUCACGAUUACGAGUCAGGUUGAAUUAGCUCAGCCACGGUGCAGGGUCACAUUUUUUCCAAGUUAAUGACACAAAAGCCACCUAAAACUGAUGAGGAAUGGAAAGCAGCAGCUGAUCAGGGCCAUGCUAUCUCAUUGUUUUUCAUUUACCAUUUAUUUUUGUCAGUCCUAGGAUUUUAAAUAUGCUUUUUCCUUUUCCGGGCGGAAAUGGGCCUCCAUAGAGUCCUGAUUGGUCAGAAGGUCUGGAUUAUUUUCAGAUAAUCACACUUGUCUGAUGCAAUGUUCUCUUUGGCAUUAUUAAUUAAUUGUCAUUGCUGGAACGCUGCUAAUUCAAGUCUUACGAGUCUUGAGCUUGUUGGAGUAGGAAUGAAACGCUCAUUACAAGGUUGACAAAGAUAGUGCCAAUACAGAGAUUACAUUUAAAGAAUGUACUGCCCCAAACAAUAAAGAAACAACACUUAUAUUUCAAAUGUAGCAAGUGGCCAUGGUGUAAGCAGGAUCAUCUACUUUUGUGCAGCUAUUGAACAAUAAUGCAGUCUGUGGAUGUAAAUGUGGGGGCAAAUAGCCCAUGCAAUAGCAUGCAUUAUUUUUCAAUAAUGCCAUUGUGGAUUAUGCGUUUUAUACAGACAUUUUUAUAAUUGUAAUGCUAAUCCAAAUUAUGAUUUGCGGUUAGGCUUGAGAAUAAGGCUUUUUAGCUAAGAUGACAUGGUUAGUUGGAGGCUCCUGAGUAGCUCUGGGAUUAAUAAUCGAGGAGAUUUUAUGAGAAAAAUGUAUUCAUGGUGGACAAGACAAUGACAUUGUUUUUUGUUAUUACUACAUGCAAAAUGAUUGAGUUUUAACAAGAAACUUUUACAACCACAUAUCACUGUAUCCGGUCAUACCAAGAAACUGUUUUCGUUACACAAUAUCAGUAUAUUUAAUUAAAACAAAAAACCUUUGUUAUUAUAACGACACAGCACUUUAGCUCAUUAAAACAACUUCUAUAUUAUGUCCCGAGGAAAAAGAUACAAUUAAAGCCUGAAAAAUAGACCGAUAUCGGUUCAUUGCUACAUAUUAAAUUGAUUUCUAGCCACACCACCAAACCAUGACAUCAUGGUCAUAAAGUAAAAAUAAAUACCACAUUCUUACUCUCCAACCACCAAAGCCCAGAUGGAAGAAGCUCUGAUCUGAAUGUUAAUAUGGUCUCCCUCAGUUAUCACUAUGCACUCACAGCAAAUAAGCUGUACAAGCAAUAGUGAGUCAACUACAGACACCACACUGUAAUACACUGGUUUUUUUACCCCACAUUUGCCUCUUAGGCAACAUACAAGCUGCUCCACCUUCAUUGUGAUGAAGACUGUGGACAGUACGCUAAUAAUAGUACACAAACUCCUCUUCAUUCUAGCACUGACCUUCAAUCAAAGAUAAUGCAGUAAAUUACAAUAAAGCUUUUUAAUUUUAUCGUAACUGAGUUCAAAGGUUCUUUGCUGACUUUGGAAAUAGUAGAUCAUUUAAUAUAAUAUGAAACCAAACCUACACCCUUGUGUGUAAUAACGAGAACGUUUCUGGAUGAAGUGAUACGUUUCCUGUUCAUACUUAGUAAAGUGGUCUGUAUUAAAAACAAGAAAAAUACAUCAUUAUGACAUGAUAAUAUCUUUUUGAUAUAAUGAGAUGCUGAGCAAAUAGUUUUUGUCAUGAUGGCUACACACCCUGCCAAACAGUGAGUCAUCUCCAUGAACUACUCUGUCACUAUCCCCAAACACAUUCAGGUCUUUGUGUGCUAAUAGUUCAAUAAACAUGCCCUGAAAGGUUGUCCUGGCUAGCAAAAUAACAAUUAACAAUCAUGAAAAAUUUGAGAUAUUUGAAUAGACAUAUGUAAAUUAUGUCAAAGAAAAUUCUUGACGUUUGCAGCAUACUAAGAUUAAUGUUUAUUUAUAUCUGUCUUGCAAUUCUAUACUUAUUUCUAUUAUCAAAAUGUAUUUUCCAUUUAUCAAACAAAGAAUAUGUCACAUUAUGUAAUUAUUAACAAAAGCAAAAACAGGGUUACAUCUUUUUACAUGCAGAAACCUUGAAUUUGAAAGUGCGUCUGUCCUUGUGUUGGAAUCAGAACAUGUCAUAUGACUUUGGGUUAUGGUGCUAUGUGUAGCAGUCAUCAGUUUAUUCUUGGUGCAGCAUUUCAGAUUCCCCCUUCUCUCUUCACAGUUGCAUAGAAACACGGAAGUCUGUUCUGCAGUCAUUGUCGCACAAAUCUAAAAUCAUUUCAAAUCACAUCUGAACUGCACAAACCUUCAGUGGUUUAAAUUCUCCCCUUGCUGCAGUGAUGUACAAGUGUACACCCGGGUGUGUCAGCACAGCGUUACAUCACUGUUUGGGUGUGGCUUCAGGAGCAACAAAGACCUCUUCUGAACAGACCCAACAGCGUGUGGCCAGAGGUGAUGCUAGCUUGACAGCUUCAACCAGAUAGAGCAGUGGAAAACACUAGGAUCAUUUUAGCACCAGUCUCACAAUAACAAAUAUGUCAUUGCAGGUCAACGAGGCAUGUCCUAUUCCAAAGGUUCCUCCAGAUUUAGCGAAGAGCUUUCUUGUCCAUUACAGCUUCCCUUUUUUCAGAAUUUAACGGACAACCAGUGUAUGCUUUGCACCCCUACAGAAUCCCAUCAUUACAUGUCAGUUUGGGCUACUCACCAUAACAAUUUACAGCAUUAUUUGGGCUCCAAACUGGCCAUUCUGCUUGUAUGAACACAUGCCUUUAAAUUGUUUUUCUAGUAUAUUUAUGCCUUAAAACAUGAACAAAAUUGGCCCAGUUAGCUGAAAGCAAAUGGUAUCUAAUAUAGUCAUUGGUUUUGAAAAUUAAUCUGGCUACCUGAAUUACUAUGGCAGGAAACUACACUAUAUUCUUGCCAAAAAGAAAUUGUAAUUGAUGAAGACCCUGAAUGUUACGGGAUAUUGAACAGUAGAUAUCCAAUGGCAUUUUCUAAUUAAACUUGAAUGAGUGAGACAGUUCAUUUUUGACCUCGGGAAUAGUAGUUUCCACAAAAUAAUCUUGACUCAUGUACCAAUUUAUUUAAUCUCUAGUGUGCAUCAGCAGACGGAGUGUGCUCACUUGACAUGGCUAUCUUGAACAGGAACUUCAAUCAUGUGACAACCAGUGGACGUUAUGAUACUUUCAAGGAGUGAGAUUCUCAACUUAAGACCAAGAUGGACACUGUUUAAUUACGCAUAAAGCAUCCCAGUGGGAACAAGCCAAAGUAUUCAAGUCAAUGGGAGUCAGUAUUUACCAGAAACCAUUCAGCACCUCAAAUCUGGUUACAUCCAACGGCAUCAUUCAGUGCCGAUGGAGGAAGUUGUGUGCCCUUCAGUUUGCGAGUUGGUGUGGAGGUCACGUUCACUUUUUUAUUUACCAUAACCACAAACUUUCACAAAUCAUACCGUAGUUGCCAUGUGGAGAUUUUGUUGCAUACGAGAACGUUGGCACAAGACGUUAAAACGUCCCUGAGCAUAAUCUGGGUUUUGUCAGAAUUGCCACCAUGUAUGAAUGAUUAUCACGUGGCCGAAGUUCCUUAAAGACUGAACUCUCUCUGUGACAAUUGAGCAAGCUCCCUCUGCAGAUGAAGACUGCGAGACGUAAACUAGCUAGUAAGUGAGUUGAGAUAAUUCUGUCAAAGAAUUUAAGAGUGUCUUAUUUGAUGUUUUGGGAUCUAAGGUUUUAGGGAUUGGUGAACAGGGUGUUGCUGUGUUGUACUGUACGUUACGCUCAGUUUGUGAAGUCUAUGUUCCUGUUGUCUUCAGUCAGCCGUUGUCAGUCAGUCUUUGUAUAUCUGUACUGAUCAGAAGUAAGCACAAGGCUAAAUGUCAGUUUCAGUGAUCUCUUCUUGUUGAUGUGUUGUGGUUACUUCAGUCAUUCAGAGUCAAUGCUGUUUACUGUUAAUUGUUACCGUUUGCCUUCACUCGAUUUCAUUCUUCCCGGGCCCUUUCAAGGGGAGGACAGAUUUCUCAGAGUUGGGGAUGGCAGACUAUGCGAUCAUCUCAGUCACGACAAAUCAACGCAACCAUCCCCAUUCAAGCCAAGCAGCAAGUGCAUGCAUCGUUUCCCUUUAAUAACACUGUGUACAGCAAUGUUACCGGCAGUGGGUGAAGAGAAAAUUGAUGCUGUCAUUUUCUCAAAUGGCUUCCUUUCCAUCAUGGCCGCUGGAACAUACGCCUAGAGAAAUCCAAUGUAAACCACAUGAAAGACAAGAUUGGUAUGUAAAAGUACAGGAAAAUAGAUUAUCACAAAAAAAAGCUCAUUUUAUAAAUACUAACUAAAUAAUAACCUAAAAGAAUCCCAUGAUUGGUGACAUGUUGGAUACUGGGUGUUGCUGAUAUCUUGUGAAAUUUCCUCUCGCUUCAUGUUUCGUUUGUCACUGACUUUGUACAAUAAUGGUUGUUAAAUGACGUCUUAGGGGAUAUGCAAUGAGAAUACGUAAGUAGAGAACACUAGGAUCACAUGUAAAUAGGAACGUUGAUGUUGUGUGAGAUACUUGAAAUCCCUUUAAUUAGUUGUUCUUGAAUGUGCUAAAGCCUUGUCUUGUAGAGGCAACCUCAUACUCCUCAUGACAGGAUAGGCUCUAAAAUGCAUGUACCAUGUAAUGAAGCACAGUGUAGCCAAGGACCCGAGAGUAUUUCUAAGUGCCUGAAUACUUCUCUCACCAUUUUAUUUUUUUAUUUUACGUCUUCUUUCUCCAACUCUGGUCUUUGUUCCGAAGCCUCUCUUAGUUUAGGAUUCUCUCUGUUUAGUGGAUUUGUCGAUUUAGGUUUAUUUUGCAAAUUAGAAGAAGAAAAAAAAAAAAACGGACUCAACCAUGCUGAUGUAAAGAGCUGUACAACUAAACUACACUGUACCAUAUCACAGUUUUCCGUGCACAGACAGGAUGUGAUGGACAAACUCGCACCGAGGAUGAAAAUGUUAGCACUGACUAUCACGGUUGUGUUGUAAUAGCAUGACAUACAGAAAAUGAAAUAAAUGAGGUAUGCAUUGGUU